AUGAGUGAUCCUAUAAUUAGUGAACAAGAUUUUUAGAAUGAGUAGCCAUUAUAAACAUUUAUAUUAGUUCAUACGAUGCCAAUAAGAAUUUAAUUGAAUUUUCUGAUUUACCAGACCCUUAUACUUUAGUUUAACAAGAACAAAAGCUACCUAAAAUUCAAAUAUUUGAAGAAGUCGAUUAAGGAACUGAUUAAUUGUCAAGAGCCAUUUAAUUGGAAAAUAUAAGAAUAGAUAGAUUAUGCAUAAAAAAUGACAGUUCAUAUGAAGGAUAACCAAGAAGUGGGAGUGAUGGGGAUAAUUCAAGAGAUGGAAGCUAAAAUAAUCAAUAGAAUAGGAAUAAAAGUAACUAAGAGCAUAUAAUUUUAUUAGAAAAAUAUACAAAAGAUGAACAAAAAAAAUUUAAAGAAAAUUUGAAAUAUGAAGUUAUUUAGACAUUAGUUUAGACAAAGAGCACAUAUUCUAAUAAGAUUUAAAAUUUAGUUAAGAAAGAUGCAAAUAAUCAAUUGAUAGUAAAUUAGAGACAUAGAUAAUCGUAAUCUUUAUUUUGAUUUGAUUUAGAAGAAGUUAAUAGAAAAUGGAAAGAAAAAAUGAAUAACAACUACUUCUUAAUGUUGAACAUAGUGAGCAAUCAUCAUCUGAAAAUCUAGAUUCUAAUGAAUUAAAUUUAGAUCCUAAUAAACUUAAAUAAGUAAGAAAUAGAGAGUCUGCUAGAAAUUCAAGAGCAAGAAAGAAGAUCUAUUUUGAACUAUUAGAAACUAGAGUUAAAGAUUUAUAAGAUGAAAAUGAUAAAUUGAGAGAAUAAUGUAUAAGUUUAUAGAAAUCAAUUGAAACUUAUAGUAAAUAAUAAGAUAAAGUAUUUCUGAAUAAUAUUAUUUAUUAGUAUUAGUAAUUUUUAACUUAGUAGUAAAAAUUAUUUGAAAGAUUAGAAGAAUGUAUUAUACAAGAAAAAGAUGAAGGUGAAAUUGAAAUUCUUUUGGAUGCAUUGAAAUUCAGAACAUCUUCAAAUAAAUAAGAAAGAAUUGAUGCAGCAAAAUCAUAUUCAUAUUCAAUAUUGGAUGUUUCUCUGCCUUUACAAGCUAAAUAUUUAUUCAGUAUAUAAGAAAAUAAAGAUUUUUUCUCAUAAAAUUAGAAGUAUUUAUAAUUUAAAUAUUUAGAAAUUUUUCAGAAUUUCUUAUAGAUAUUUUUAGAUAGAUUUAAUUUAAACCUGAAAAUUACUUGAUUAAUGAUAAAAUAAAAUAAAAAUUAGUAUAAUCCAAAUAAAAUAUAGCAGAGUAAGGUAUUUUUAAUUAAAUAAGUUCAUUUAAAAUAAUAAAAUAAGAAAUAAAAGUAAUUUAAAAUGAAGCUCUUAAAAUAGAUUUAUUAUGGGAACAAUUAAAAGAAAAUAUUAGACCCAAUUUAUUAGCUAAAUUAUUAAUAUAAUUACAUAAAGUAAUAAUGAGAUAUAAUUUUAUUUAGAAUGAAUUUCGAGCAGAGUUAUAAUCUUCAUUUAUUUUUCAAAAAAAAAAGGAUUAAAAAGAUUAAAAUUGUAUGUAAAUUGAAAUUUAACAACAGUCAAGAAAGCAAAUUAAAAAAUCAUAUUGA